GGAGUGUAUUUGUUAUUACAUACUUCCUGUGGUAUAUUUAUGAGGCAGGAUUCCAUUUCCGGGAGCAGAUAGCAGCCCGUAGCUCCCCUCCCCUGUCUGUAUGUGUAUAUAAGAUCACCGACUGGGCGGAGCUGCGGGGAGAGGGGACCCUGUCUAGGUUAUUACACCCCUCCUCCUCCCUCCCUACAGACACACUCAACUGAGAGGUGGAUGGGGGACACCUACCCCCCCACCCCCCCACUACAGGAGAUUGAUAUCAUCGCUCUAUGAUUGUCCUCCAUAUCAGCACAACUUAUUAGACACUUCAGACACAGCACGUCCUCCAGGCAUUCCUAUGGAGAUCCAUCUGCAGGAAGAUACUUCUUGAUUUACCAAAAUGGAAGACUGUCUUCAUACAUCUUCAGAAAACCUUGCCAAAUUAGUGAGUUGGGCUCAUAGUCAUGGGACAAUUUGUAGCCUUAUUCCAAACCUAAAGCACUUACUUUCUGAGGGCUCCCAUGGAACUCUUACAGCUAUGUGGGGAUGCAGUGCUGGCCAUGCAUACCACUGGCCAUUGACUACAACAUGUAGGGCUGGUCCUCAGGAGAGAGUCUGUUUCCAGGACAGUAGAAGCUUCAACUCAGAUAGUCCUAGUAUAAUAGGUGUGCCCUCAGAGACUCAGACAAGUCCUUUGGAUAGGUACCCUGGGAGACCAGUAAAAUCAAAACUUGACUGUAAUAGAACAAGAGACUCCUGUGACUUUUCCUACUGUAGCGAACCUUCAGAGCUGGAUGAGCCUGUAGAAGAAUAUGAAGAUGAAACCACAUUAUUUGACAUGGUAUGUGAAUCUUCUGCAACAGAUGAUGACAGUGACUUUGAAGGCAGAGUCCAGCGGUCACCUAAUGUUACCCGCAAGAGGUCCAGUGGUGGUGGUAUCCAUUCUCUUUCUGGAUCUCAGUCGCACAUUGUGGAUGAGGACAGUAAUGAUCUGAUUGUGAAAAAAAUUAAACAGGAAAAACCUGAAGACUACUAUAUUGUUGCUAAUGCUGAACUUACUGGAGGUGUUGAUGGUCCUUCACUGGCCCUGACACAAAUGGCCAAGCCGAAGAACCAAACUGCCAACACAGACCCUUUUGUGGGACCAUCCAAACCGCCUAACAUUUUGCCACCAUCACUAAAUAACGAGCUUGAAGUACAAGCUAUUGCACCUUCUUCACUGGUCCUGCAAAGACCCACACCUCAAAAGCCUGUGAGACCACAAUUGUCCUCCCAAAGCAAAAUACCAUCUACCCCUCCAGCUGUCAAUCAGCAGAAGGGAAUACAGCUGCCAGUCAGUACUUCCACAGGAAAUCCUAGCCAACCUAUUAACAUACCUUUAUCAGCACUUCAGUUGCCAGGACAGGAAAAGAAAGAGGUCACUGAAGAGCUUCUCCCACCUGUACUGAAGCCAUCGUUAUCCAGUGACAUGGCCCUCUCCCCGUCAAUGAAUGCAGAGCCUGAAGUAAGUUCCAGCCAGCAGCAGCCAAAUACCACCCCUAAUAUCACCUCAGAGGCAACAGCACAGUCCAUUCCAGUGUCUUUAGAUGAAGAUGAUGCCACAGCUGAGCUGAAUCGGGAACAGAAUGAGAAAACAAUUCGUAGCACACAAACAGCCCUACGCAACUUCGCAUACUCAACCAAGCUCAAUAGAUUUCCAAUCUUUCAUUUCCACGAUGACCUGAAGGAUCUGUGCAUCAGUGCAGUGAGCUCAAAUACGACCAAAGCUACCCUGUAUGCUUUAAAUGUGUGGCGGUACUGGUGUAUGACAAGAGGGCUUAAGGACUGCAUGGACUUCACCAAGGUUCCUGCUGUUAAGCUAAACGAACUUCUAGAGGAUUUUUAUGUGACAGUAAAAAAAACUGAUGGGUCAGAUUUUUUGGCAACAUCACUCCAUGCAAUACGUAGAGGAUUAGACCGAAUCUUAAAGAAUUCUGGAGCUGGAUUUUCUAUCACUAGCAGUGUCUUUAAUUCUUCAUCACAGAAACUUAAAGAAAAGUUAAGAUUGCUCAACAAAGCUGGAAUGUCGGGCUCCAGGUCACGUAACAUUGUCUAUUUCUCACUAGCAGAUGAAGAGGAGAUGUGGAGGACUGGGUGUCUAGGUGAUGAUGGGCCUGUGCCUUUGUUAUCCUCUGUGGUAAAGUACAACAGUCAGUUCCUGAACAUGAGGACUUUACAAGAACAUGCUGACCUAAUGUAUGGGGAUAUUGAAUUUCUCAAGGAUGCAAAUAAUAGACCUUUCUUUGCUAGAACAGAUAGUGUCAAAAGAGACAAGCAAGCAAAUCCCAGUAAAAUGUGUUAUGGACAGAUCUUCCAUGAACAUUCAAAGGGACAUCAAAGAUGUCCUUACUGUCUCCUCUAUAAGUACAUGUAUACCCAUCGUCCUCCAUCUCAGAUGGAACCAAAUUCACCAUUUUACCUAACUGCUCGAAAAGAGGUCAGCGGAAUGGAAAAAAUCUGGUAUGAAGAGCAAAGAAUGGGGCUAAGAUCGUUGCGUGGCAUUGUCCCAAAGUUGGCCAAACGUGUGAAGCUAGACAACUGUGAUAAUUACACCUUUGUUUCAUUUACUCAGACAUUCAGAAAGUUUGGUCCAAUCAAUAACUAUUAAGAUUUUCCAAAUAACUGAAGCUAACUACUUGAACAGCAGAUUGGAUCAUGUAGACAGUAACUGAACUGCAACUCCUUGUUUUUGUAUAAUUUUGUUCAUGUUUGGGAUAAGUAAAAAGCUAACGGUAUGCAGUAUAGAUCACGUGAUCAGUAUGAACAGUGCUAAAUUCCAAUGCAUCAAAAUAUAUAGUGCCUUUUAGCACCUGCAUUUAAAUAAAGAUAUAAAGGGGUGAGAAAAGGAUUUAGCACAACCAUUUCUAAAAAAAAAACUAAACCUAAAAAAACAAACUCUGUACCUCGCAAAUUUUCUAGCUGAGUUUUCAAGGUAAGUAAUAAGUAUGUUAAGUGCUUUCAAGCACUCAGAGACAAGCAAAGCAACUUCUGCUAAAAAUAUCUCUCCUACUGAAGUGAAUUAAACUCUAUUUAAAUUACUUAAAUUAUGUCAUAUACUGGCCAAGAGAUAAUUAUGUUGGGUAUCACACAUCUUCAAGCACAGAAUAAAAGAUGCUUAUCUUGUGCUUUUUCUAUAAUGAUGUAAUAGAAAUGCAGGUUAUGGACCAGUUAAUGAGGCACUUUGGCCUUCAUUAUGAUAUUUCUUCGGUAUCCUCUUGGAUUAAUGUGUAGAGAAAAAAAUGUUUUAGCAAUAUCAUAAAAAAAUACAAAAAAUAUAGUUGUAGUCAUGUUGAAUUUUAAGGAUAAGUGUACUUUCUGACAAAGUGCACUUAUCUUGUUUGGUCUUUUUUUUUGUUCCACCACCCCCUCAAGAGAUGUAUACUUAACCUUGAUCAGAUCGGGGUAAGUAUACAUCUCUGGAGGGAGGAGGUGGGAUCAAUUAGGUCAGCUUAAAUGAGCUAACAGAAUAAGUGCAUUUUGUCUGAAAGUCAAAUAUGUUUUGAAAAAGUCAUCAUACAAUUCUGGCCCAUUACAACUAGCAGUGCUAAAGGGCAAAUGCUUCUCGGCCCAUCAAGUUUUGGAAUCCAGUCGUGACUAUUUCCCACCACUAUUUACCAGCUUUGUGCUCACAUUAGAUUCUGUACAGAAUUUCUGUUAGAAUAAUAGUUCUAUAAAUAUCUACAAACCAUUUAUAUAAUGUCGGCAUAGUACACAUUGCUUACAGAGAACUUUUAACCAUUCAUAUCACUCACUGCCCUGAUGGAGCUAACUGUCUAAACUCACACUCUUACAACUAAAGUGUAUCUAAACCCUAAAGUUUAUUAAUCCUUAUGUCGUGUACACACGGUCGGAAUUUCCGCCAAAAGUUUGAUGUGAGCUUUGGUCGGAAAUUUCGACCAUGUGUAGGC